AACCUUACCGCCAACUGUCAAUUUGUUGAUAAAAAUGGGUUCUCUGCUACUUUUCACGAAAAAGCAGAGCAGCGGAAUAGAUAGGAUUUUACUGAAAAGUUUACGAAAAUCUUUUGCAUACCACCCUGCCACUGGAUGUGCACAUUCUUGUUUAACGAGUCGAAAUUUAUAUACAAGACCGAAAACCCACCAACAUCAAGAUGAAGUCCGUCAGUGUGCCCAAAAUAAACGUACUAACAGCAUGCGUAAUAUCGUUCCGGUUGCCCUCUAUACGAGCACGAAAUCAAUUCCAAAGACAACGGCUCUCGGUACCAAUGUGCUGGGAGGUAUUUUCCAGAAACGGCGAAGGAAAGGUCCCCAUAGUGGUUAUUCUCUUACGCCGCCAGUGUCGGCAUUGCAUAAAUCUGCCGUUAGUUGGUACCGCGGUUCCAGUUCACUUCAAGCCUUCUCUCCGCAAAGUAAACAGCAGCAACAACAUCAGGAGCAGAAGACCUUUCAAGUUCCCAUUCGCCCUCCGCAAAAACAACCAAUUCGACCUUGUUUCCAUCUAGGGCAUCAUCCUGCAUCCGGGGAAAACAUUGGCAGUUACGAAGGACCGGAAAUUACCGCGACUGAUAUGAUAAGAGCGAUGGCGACGUACAUCUGGCCGAAGGACGACGCACUCGUUAGGAAAAGGGUGCUUAUUUCAUUAGGACUUCUUGGUGGCGCCAAAGUGCUGAAUGUGUGUGUUCCUUUCAUGUUCAAAAUGGGAGUGGAUAAUUUGAGCUCGCUCAGUAUGGAUACCGUUCCACAAGCAGCUGCCUCAAUGACAAUAGCGGUUUUGCUAGGAUAUGGUAUCGCCCGAGCCGGUGCUGCAGGUUUCAAUGAACUACGGAAUGCGGUCUUUGCAAAGGUCGCUCAACACUCGAUCAGGAAAAUUGCCACCAACGUGUUCCUUCAUCUGCAUAAUUUAGAUCUGCAGUUUCAUCUAAGCAAACAAACGGGUGCUCUGUCGAAGACUAUUGACCGCGGAUCUCGCGGUAUCAACUUCGUUCUGACAGCGAUGGUGUUCAAUGUCGUCCCAACAAUAUUCGAGCUUGCACUGGUUUCCAGCAUUCUUGGGCUGAAAUGUGGAAUCGCAUAUGCAGGUCUUUCGAUGGGCUGUGUGGGUGUUUACAGUGCCUACACUUUGGCGGUAACUCAAUGGCGAACGAAGUUCCGUGUUUUUAUGAAUCAAGCGGAAAAUGAAGCUGGAAAUAAGGCAGUAGAUUCGCUAAUUAAUUACGAGACGGUGAAGUAUUUCAAUAAUGAAAUGUAUGAAGCGCAACGUUAUGAUGAUGUACUGAAAAAAUACGAAAUGGCCAGUUUGAAAACAAGCACCAGUUUGGCCUUGCUGAACUUUGGGCAGAAUGCUAUUUUCAGUGUCGCCUUGAGUGCAAUCAUGGUAAUGGCAGCGAAUGAAAUUGCGAAAGGAAAUAUGACCGUGGGAGAUUUAGUAAUGGUAAAUGGACUGCUAUUCCAAUUGUCUAUCCCUUUGGGGUUCCUAGGCAGUGUGUACAGAGAGGUCAGACAAGCUUUACUCGAUAUGAGGACUAUGUUCACCCUAAUGGGGGUAGAAAGUGCUAUUCAAUCAAAAUAUAAUGCUCCACCUUUGCGAAUUGAACGAGAGACAGCUUCAAUAGAGUUUAAGGAUGUUUGCUUCAAGUACAAAAACAGUAACCCUAUUUUUGAUCAUUUAAGUUUCACAAUAUCUGCCGGUAAAAAAGUUGCCAUUGUUGGUGGAUCGGGAUCCGGUAAAUCUUCAAUGGUACGUCUGUUGUAUAGGUUCUUCGAACCAACUUCCGGACAGAUUCUGAUCAACGGGCAAGACAUACGGGAAGUGGAUCUGCUCAGUUUGCGGAAGGCAAUUGCAAUUGUUCCACAAGAUUCAGUUCUGUUCCAUGACACAAUUCGUCACAACAUCCACUACGGAGAUUUGAGUAAAAGUCGGGAAGACAUGGAAUCGGCUGCCCGAAUGGCCGAUUUACAUGAUUCUAUCAACAGCUGGCCAAAACAGUAUGAUACCCAAGUAGGUGAGCGGGGUCUGAAAUUGUCGGGAGGCGAAAAGCAACGUGUAGCAAUAGCAAGAGCUAUUCUCAAAAAUUCCCCUAUAUUAAUUUUUGACGAAGCCACGAGCAGCUUGGAUUCUAUAACCGAACAAAACAUCCUGAAAGCAUUAGCUCGUGCAACAGAACACAGAACAAGCAUUUGCAUUGCCCAUCGUUUGUCAACAGUUAUGGAUGCAGAUGAAAUUUUGGUUCUAGAAAAUGGACGCAUCGGACAGCGAGGUACUCACGACGAAUUAUUGCAAAGGCAGGGUUUGUACACCAAACUGUGGGAUACACAAAAUAGGUUAUACAACGUUAGUGAUAAUGUGAAUAAAAAGAAAUCAUAAAACGAGAUAAGUACUUCUCGCAACAGAUAAAUAGAGUAUAAAUAGACAAAUUUCGUUAAACUAGAAAAAUCAAUUAUAUAAUGCUGUAAAUAAAAUGUUUUAUAAAUUACGUUGUUAAAAA